AUUGUCAAUGCCUAAAAAAUAAAACUGCAUCCACUAUGCACAACUUGAGGCUUUUGUUAUAUUUGUUAGGAAGCUACACAAAAUUACAAGAUCUAAAAGGAGCUAUUCGUAACAUUUAAUAAUAUUAAGCCCGAAAUAAUUAUCCGAAAAAAUAAAAUGCUGAAACCACGUACUUUGUAAGUUCAUUUUAUUCUUUGAUACGGCAAAAAUGUAAUAAAAAUGUGAUUUUGUCAUCAUUAGUAAUUCCCAAUGCAUGUAUGUAAAAGUAAUUUGGCCCAUCUCAGUUCCACGUUUUGCUACUGAUCAGUUCAUAUCCCCCAUUUCUGAUCGCGUGUUUGUUAUAUGCUUGCUACUAUUUGGUCGUUGUCCAAUCAGUGUAGUGUAGAAAUCAGUGUAGAAAUCCCAUUGUCCACAGUUUAAGUCCAUGUCAAACAUAAUGAAGCGUUAUUUUGUGUAAACAUGCAACCCUUUAUAAAAGAAGAGCUAUCCCGUAAAUCGAGGGAGUCGCUCAGAAGUUUUAUUGAUGCAGAUCAAACAAUAUACCGUUAUCAGUGUUCAGUAUAUGGUGGCAAUUAGUGAAUCUUCAAGUUCAUUAAGUUUUAUAAGGGGCUUGAACCAAGGAAAUCUGGGAGCAUUUGUGUUUCAUAUUUUCGUGGAUGCAAGAUUAUAAUUUCAUCCAAUUUUUAUAAUGGGAGGAAUUGGAAAAAAUGUCAAACUAUUAAUAAUUGUGGCUGUGGUAAUUGGAGCUGUAGCCAUUGGCUUGUUGGUAUCAACCGUCGUUUUGGGUGUCCGAUUGAAAAACAAGUCUGACGAGUUGACAGAUCUUCAAAACUCUCAGCCAAAAUAUUGCACAAAUCCAGAAUGCGUGAGAGCUGCAGGCAACAUGAUUCAAGGGAUGGACUUAGUUAUGAAUCCAUGUACUGAUUUCUAUCAAUUUUCGUGUGGAGCCUGGGUCAAACAAAAUCCAAUUCCAGACACGUCCUCGUCCUGGAACCAAUUUAACAUUCUUCGAGAACAAUUAAGUCGCGAUGUCAGAGGUAUCUUGGAAAGUGAUAUUGAUGACAUUGAUCCAGAACCUGUUAAAUUGGCAAAAACAUUUUACAAGAGUUGCAUGGAACAAAACACAACCGACCAGCUUGAACUGCACAGUUUGAUUGAAGAAUUUUUGAAGGUUGAGGACGCUCGUGUUGAUCUAGGGCUAAAAUUGGCAGAGCUGCGACGAAGGAUCGGAGCUCCAAUUAUCGCCAAUAUGUACGUGGAACUUGACGAGGAAAAUGCUUCAAAAUAUAUUAUUUAUGUUGAUCAACCAACAUUCGGUAUAAACAGAGCAUUUUUGGUCAACACUCCGCAUCCUACUAGGCAAGCAUAUCGAAGUUUAAUUGAACAAACUUGGCCACUUGUGUACCCUUUACCGGAGACGAAUUACUCAAAGAUUGCAGAUGAUAUUUUGGAAUUUGAAACAAGAAUUGCUGAGGUAACUGCCCCACCGGAAAAAAGACGCAACCGUACAGAACUCUAUAACUUGAUGAAUAUUCGAGAAUUUGGUGAACACACAGUCAAUGCCUCCUCGCACAUCAAUUGGGAAGUUUACGUUACAGAAAUGUUUAAGGAUGUUGUUGAAAGUCAUGACUUGGAUUUGGGGCCAAUUCCAGACCUAAACCUUGUCGUUCGUGAUAUCUCGUAUUUUACUGAGUUUGGUCAUGUAUUGAGUCAGACUAAUAUAGAAACCAUAGUAAAUUAUUUACGGUGGCGGCUUAUUUAUGGACUUGGAAAUGAUGUGAGUGGAAAACUCAGGGACCUGUUUUUUGAUUUUACAAAAAAAACUCAAGGCACAAUGUACCCUUCUCCAAUGUGGAAAAUUUGUUCCGAUAAGGCUAAUUCUUUUUUCGGAAUGGCAAUAAGUCGAAAUUAUGUACAAGAGGUGCUCAGUGAAGAUUUUCAACAAAAGAUGGGCGAACUGAUUAGAAAUAUUCAAGACGCCAUGUACGAGAAUAUUGACACUGUGGAAUGGAUCAGUAGCAGUGACACGAGAGAAAAGGCAAAGGAGAAAGCGAGAAAAAUGAAAGAGUUUGUCGGCUAUCCAGAUUGGCUGCUAAACAAUUCAACAGCUUUGGAUCACCAUUACAAAGGCCUGUUAGUUAGCUCACCUAACAAUCACUUUCACAAUUAUUUAAACAUUUCAUACUGGAGAAAUAUGGAAGGACUAAGAAGAUUGAAAGAUGACCGAGAUACCAAUCGUUGGAUCACAGAUCCUACAGUUGUCAAUGCAUUUUACUCUUCAACCUACAAUUCAAUCAGUUUCCCAGCCGGCAUUUUACAACCCCCAUUCUAUUUCACGGGAAAUCCAAUCCAAGCUAUAAAUUAUGGAGCUAUUGGAAUGGUGAUAGCACACGAAAUAACUCACGGGUUUGAUGACCGAGGAAGACAAAGCGAUGGUGAUGGUAACUUAAUAAAUUGGUGGGAUGAAGGAACUAUCAACCAUUAUGUAGAAAGAACAAAAUGCUUCAUAAAUCAGUAUAGUGAGUACACGGCUGAAGAAGCCAACAAUCUGAAAUUAAAUGGAAAUAAUACACUUGGAGAAAAUAUCGCUGAUAACAGUCUUGCAACAUCAUUCAAUGCAUAUAAGGCAUUUAUAAGGCAGCAUGGAACAGAACCUCGUCUCCCAGGAUUGGAUUACACACCUGAACAAUUAUUUUUUAUCGCCUUUGCUCAAAUUUGGUGUGGAAGUUACACCCCAUUAGGAAUGGAAAAUCAAAUUUUGACAGGAGCGCACUCGCCUAAUCGAUUCCGAGUUCAAGGUGUUUUACAAAAUUCUAGAGAAUUUGCUGAAACGUGGAAUUGUCCAUUGCCCGACGAAAAUACAAGGUGUAAAAUUUGGUAGCAUCAAAUACCCAGUAAACUUAAACAAUUGUAUGUUAUCUUAUGAUGAAAAUAAAGUAUGCACAUAUUUAUGUUAAACAUA